GUCCAAAAAUUUCUAGGAGUUUGGACACACACUGCCAUUUAUACUUUUUCCUCGGCGAAGCGAUUCUCAGAAGACACCAACUCGUUUUGGGCGCAGAGUGAUUGUGAUCGGCGGGCUUUUCUCUGGUUAGUCUAUUCAGGAGCUUGAAGCUCACGAAGAUCAAAGAAUCAAGCAUCACUUCAUCUCAAUUUCAUGUUACCAAAGAUUGAGGCUCUUCCAUUGAGGUUUUAGUCUGUUCGAGCAAAAUGGUUUUGUAGAGUCUUUUGGAAGUUGGUGUAAUGGCUCUUAGGUUCUCAAUUCUGAAAUCUCUUUGUACUUCCGUUAACUCAUCUUCAAAAACUCAAUCCUUUGCAUCUUAUGACUUUUGUAUGAAAGUCGCAAGAUGCUAUAGUGGAAUUCAUGUAAGGGCAUCAUUGGCCCAUGUAAACCACAAUUUCCAUGAAUAUGAUACUCGUUUUAAAAUGGGUACUGUAUCUCCUGUAAAUACUUCAUGUUACAGAACCCUUUAUGUGAAGACAUUAUCAUCCACAUUGUCAAAUGUGCAAUUUCGGAAUAAUGUUGCAUUUAUAUCGGCAAGUCCCUUGUUAAACUAUCGGUCAUAUUCAUCCUAUUUUGGUGGCAAAGGAGGUAAAUCUCAGGGCCCAGAAGUUCCAAUUUCUUCUGGUGUGGGUGAACCAGAUGUUGCUGAUGGCGGUGGUGUUGCUAGUGAUUGGGUUGAUAAGAUUAAGGAAGCUUGGCAGUCUUUAGUCGAUGCUGCAGCUUAUACAGAUCAAAAGGCUAGAGAGGUCUCAAGUGAAAUGACUCCUUAUGUGCAGCAGUUUCUUGAUUCACAUCCUUAUCUUGAAAAUGUGAUAAUUCCAGUUGGCUGCACUUUGACAGCUACUGUAGUGGCUUGGGUGGUGAUGCCAAGGGUUUUAAAGAGAUUUCACAAGUAUGCAACGCGAGGUCCUGCUGCAUUGUUAACUGGGGCCUUAUUUGGGGUGGAAGUUUCAUAUGAGAAAAGCUUUUGGGGUGCUUUGGAAGAUCCUCUGCGAUAUCUAAUCACCUUCAUCACAUUCUCACAAAUAUGCAAGAUGAUAGCACCAACCACAAUUGCAUCGCAUUACACUGCACAGGCAUGGAGGGGUGCAGUUGUCCUAUCAUUUAUAUGGUUUCUACAUCGUUGGAAAACAAAUGUGUUCAGUCGUGCUUUUGCAGUUCAGAAUGUGGCAGUAAUUGAUCGAGAAAAGUUGCUGAUGCUGGAUAGACUCUCAUCUCUUGGUCUCUUUGUCCUUGGAUUGAUGGCUUUAGCUGAGGCGUGUGGGGUAGCUGUGCAAUCUAUUCUGACUGUUGGUGGCAUAGGAGGAGUUGCCACUGCUUUUGCGGCUAGAGACAUCCUUGGGAAUGUGCUCAGUGGAUUGUCUAUGCAGUUUUCAAAACCCUUUUCACUUGGAGAUACAAUAAAAGCUGGUUCUGUAGAAGGUCAAGUUGUAGAUAUGGGGCUGACAACCACAUCUUUACUGAAUGCUGAGAAAUUUCCUGUCAUAGUUCCAAAUUCACUGUUCUCUAGUCAGGUAAUUGUGAACAAAUCACGUGCCCAGUGGCGUGCAAUGGUUGCCAAGAUCCCUUUGCAAAUUGAUAAUUUCGAGAAGAUUCCCCAGAUGUCAGAUGAUAUAAGGAGUAUGCUAAGAUCCAACUCAAAAGUUUUCUUGGGAAAUGAGGCUCCUUAUUGUUUCCUGUCUCGAAUAGAGAGUUCAUAUGCAGAAGUGACUCUUGGAUGCAACCUCAGAAAGAUGAGCAAAGAUGAAUGGUACUCCACAGAGCAAGAUAUUCUUCUACAGGCAGUCCAGAUAAUUAAGCAGCAUGGUGGUAGCCUGGGUAGUACCUUGCAAGAUUUGACUGGUCAAUAAUGCAAAAAUUGAUAUGAGAGAUACUGUACAGAGGGAAGCAGUGAACCUUGUUGAAUGGUGAAAAGUGGAUUACUUGGUAAAGAUGGACAUAAAGCUUGCUAGAUGGGUUUCUGUUCACAUUUCCAGCGAAUUGGCUGAAAGCUUGCUCGAAUAUCUGAAAGGUCAAUUGUUUUUCAAUCACAUUUCUAACAAAUUAGGAGACUUUUCUGUUUGUUUAUGUUCUCUUGUAAAUGUUUAUAGUUGGGGUUGAGGCAAGCAAGCCUACCAAAAUUUUGGCAUGAAUGAUCCUUCUAACAAUUUUUUUUUUUUUUUACUUCUAUUUAUUUUUUAAUGGCUCAUGAUACUAUUGUAAUGAACUUUUGUGCUGUUAAUGGGAAUGUGGUAGGAUCAUGCAUUGUAAAAAACUACUCUGUUCAGUUAUAUAGAAGUGAAUUUGAAAAGCA